AUGGCGCAGGCCGCGCCCGCGCCCCACCGCACCCACUCCUUCGCGAAGAAGACCUUCCACAAGCCCACCUACUGCCACCACUGCUCGGACCUGCUGUGGGGGCUCAUCGGCCAGGGCUACGGAUGCGAAGUGUGCAACUUCAUAGUGCACGAGCGAUGCGUGGGGCAAGUGGUGACGCCGUGCUGUGGGGUGGCGCCGAGCCUCAUCAAGAACCCCGUGGCGCAUUGCUGGUCGGAGCCGACGCACCACAAGCGGAAGUUCUGCACGGUCUGCAGGAAGAGGCUCGAUGAGCUCCCCGCCUUACAUUGUAUGAUUUGCGAGUACUACGUGCACGGCGAGUGCGUAGACUUCGCGGCGGCCGACUGCAAGGAGAACGCGACAUACUGCGCGGGCAGCGAGCCCCGCCACGUGCACCACUGGCGGGAGGGCAACCUGCCCGCCAACUCCAAGUGCUCCGCGUGCCGGCGCGCCUGCUGGUCCGCGGAAUGCCUCACCGGCUACCGCUGCGAGUGGUGCGGCAGCACGUGCCACGCCGGCUGCCGCUCGCUGAUCCCCGAGGAGUGCAACUUCGGGAUGCUGCAGCCGAUCUUCCUGCCUCCCUCGGCGGUCUCGAUCCCGCGCACGGAGGUCCCAAUGGAGGCGAUCAUCGGGGUGCAUGUGCGCCCUCCGCCCUCGCAGCGCGACUUCGGCUGCCGUAAGUGUCCAAGUAACCUCCCCCCCUCAGCGCUCCGACGGGUCGCCCGCGCGCGCGCUUUGGCCCUACAUGCGCCUCGCUGGUUCAGCUUCGCUCGCAUACCGUUUCAAUCAUCACCCGCCCUCUUUCAGACGCCCAUUACC